AUGUUUCGUAACUUUUCUAGACUCAACAAAUCGAUACUCAACCCCUCGAACAUCAGAAAGCUAGCCACUGCUGCUCCUCCAGGACCACAGGUUUCAGUACUUGCAAAUGGAUUAACAGUCGCCUCUCAAAGUGUUCCAUACGCCUUGACUGCUACAGUUGGGGUUUGGAUUGAUUCAGGUUCAAGAUCAGAAGACUCCAAGAACAAUGGUGUGGCCCAUUUUUUGGAACAUUUGGCAUUUAAAGGAACACAGACCCGUAGCCAACGAGACUUGGAAUUGGAAAUCGAAAAUAUUGGCAGUCAUUUAAAUGCCUAUACAUCAAGAGAAAAUACAGUGUAUUAUGCCAAAACUUUGCAACCAAAUAUAAAUCAUUCAUUGGAAAUCUUGAGUGAUAUCCUAACAAAGUCUAGCUUAGCUACCAAUGCAAUCGAUAGAGAAAGAGACGUGAUUAUCAGAGAAAGCGAAGAGGUUGGCAAAAUGUAUGACGAGGUUAUAUUUGAUCAUUUACAUGCUGUUGCUUACAAGAACAACUCCCUUGGUAGAACUAUAUUAGGACCAAUUGAAAAUAUUUGCUCACUUCAACGAAACGAUUUGGUUGAAUAUAUCAAAGAGAACUAUAAAGGCGACAGGAUGGUGUUGGUUGGUACAGGAUCAGUGAAUCAUGAUGAGUUAUGUGAAUUUGCCAAUAAAUCAUUUGGCCAUUUACUAAAAUCCAAAAUUCCAAAUGUAUUUGGUCAACCAAAAACAAUCAAAACCCACUCUUUUCCAGAUUUUAACAGUGACGAAAUCAAAAUCAAAGAGUCUUCGUUGCCCGAAACUUAUAUGGCAUUGGCAGUGGAAGGAACCUCUUGGAACUCUCCCGAUUAUUUCACUGCAUUGGUUUGUCAGGCAUUGGCUGGAAAUUGGAACAGAUCUGUUCCAGUCAAUAACGGUUCUCCUGGUAUUCAAAUUGCUAUUGGUACAGGUCAUCAUGGAGAACCGCUUGCCAACUCAUACAUGUCGUUUUCUACUUCUUACAUUGAUACUGGAUUGUGGGGGAUGUACAUCACCACUGACGGCAUAGAAAACUACAAGUUGAUUCAGGCUAUAUUGAAUCAUUGGAAAGAGUUAAAAAAAGGUAUGUUUUACAAACACCAGUUCGAAACCGCCAAGUCUCAAUUAAAAGCUUCGUUGUUGGUUUCAGUUGAUGGAACAACUGCCUUAGCAGAAGACAUUGGGAGACAAAUGGUGAACACUGGGAAAAUACUUUCGCCUGAAGAAGUGUUUGACAGCGUCAACAAGAUCACUGAGGACAACGUUGUGGACUGGUUCAACAAAAAAUUGGGCGCAGGAAAGCUCGCUAUAGCUGCGUUGGGAAACCAGGUCGAUACAAUGCCCUCGCACAAGGAGAUCUGCAAUGAGAUGGUUAGAUAUAAUUAG